UGCCAUCAAACCCGGCCCACAAGCACGACGAGAGGACUGGCUGGAUAAGGCAGGAGGAGGAGGGAGGCGCACACCGCAAGUCAUGAAAUCACACUUCUUUCUGCCCAUAACGUUAGAAGGGACCAGUGCUUGUUCAUCGCAAGGCAAGAGUGGAUUUUGAGGGGGGAUGACAGCUUCAAUGGCUCCGAGGUUGUGGAACUUUCUUCUUCUACUUCUUCUUCGCCGUCUUCUUGUUCUUGCCUGCCCCGUCACCUUUGACCCCCACGCAGUUAUUGUCAGCAAACGCGGCAGUCAAGUCAGGCCCCCUCCAAGGACUUACGGAGUACUUUCGGGGCUGAAGCCGGCCCGGUCCCUCGUCAUUCGAUCUCUUGACGGACGGGUCUCCACGGAGGGCGGGCGGGCAUCCUCGGGAUAGACUCUGGCUGCUGCACAGCAAGGAGGAACAUUAAACAUCUGGGCCCCCAAACCC